UGGCGUUUAUUCUUAAUCGCUUAAGGUUCCCGAUAACUCAGUUAUUCCUAACACAGUGUUAAAAAAAUGUGAAUUAACACUUCCAUGUCACUUGCAGUUUUACAAUGUGGAUGUAGAAGCGGCAAUAUAACACAUUUUAUAAGUUAAGGUUGCUUAAUAGUCCCAUGUGAAUGUGUAAGCUACAUAAUUUCAGGGUUCUGUUUUAGUUUGAGUAAAACCCUUAUAUGAGUACCUUCUAAGGAGUCCUAGCAAGAGAAGGCUCAGGGGGGCGCCUGCAGUGCGAGUUGUUUUGUUAGGUACAUUAAUGUAUUGUACAUUUUUUUUCCUAAUAUUUCAGUAACUUUUUCCAAAGCUUCUCGAUAUCAAAGUACCUACUUACUCGUAUUUCAACAUCGCAUCCAGUCUCAUCACAUUAUUUGCCCCGUAACCCACGCCCCGCUGCCGCCGCGCCCCGUGUCGGCGCCGCUACGCUACGCGUUCGCUUGCUUCUACCUCGCGGCUCGCCUCAGUCAGUCGUCAGCCGGCAUAAACAAGAUACGUGUCAUUGCGGUGGUUACUUACAGGCGCGUCGUAUCAGAAUCAAAAAUGCCGUUCAAAAUAGUCCAGACCUCUGAAAAUAAUAAAAUAAGAUUGUUUACUGUACCUUCCGCGUGGGAAGAUCAAAAUAUAUUAAAAUGGCCAAGAAAAAUGUUGACUAAAUACAUUAAAGAUGAAUUUUCAACCCCGGAAGGGGAUUGGAAGCAAUUGAGAUGUACGGUAAAAAGACAAGAUAUACCAAGUUACGAGACCGCCGAGUACGUCUUAAAAGAAAUGUUAAAUCAUACAGACACUGAAGAUGACACACUUUCUUCUAAUUACAAAGUCUCUGGCAAACCUGUGCAAGAGUUAAAUUUAAACAUUAUCGCAGACGAAAUUGUGUAUCCCGCAAAAAUUACUGCUGAAGCAGGGCCUAGUGAAAUUAUUACUGAAACAUGCACAAUACCAGCUGCACCCUCUGUUGGAUUAAAUAAUGAUGAUGUUUACCAAUUUCAUAUCGUAUCUGAUAGUCAAAAUAAUAUUAACCAACACCAAUGCUGUGUAAAUUUGGAGCAAAACUUGACUAUUCAAAACGUUCUAUUAUCCAAUCAAACUUCCAUCUUGGAGCAACUUAAUACUAUCAGCAAGGUACAAAACGCCAUAAUUCAGAAAUUGGCGAAUUUUUCUGUACAAUUAGAAGAUACAGUAUUGCAAAUGAACCAAAUAUUAGAUAGAGAUUUUCAGAUUACGCAAUUGAGUGAAACCAAAUCUACAGCAAGUAAUUCAGCUUUUUAUGUAAAACCAAUUGAUAAUAUUCAAAAAUUAAACGAAUUAGAACAGCAGUUAUCCGAGAGUAGCGUAAGACAACAAUUAAAGAACAGAUAUUCUGUAAUAUGCUCCGGGGGAAAAGGUAUUGAUUGCGCCUAUACAUUAGUGGAUAUCUUAUUUUCGAGAGACUUGCUGUGCCAAUUCACUUGGAGCGGGGGCAGUCGGAAAGACGAUAUUAAAAUUGCCUUUAAGACUUACAAAAAUAUCUUGUCUUUUUUUUGGGAUAUGGUUCACUCUUGGGAUGUAACUUAUACAAUUAAUGAAAAUGAAAGUUUUUUCAAAAACAUUUUAAAGAACUCUAAGAAAAGAAAAUUGGCAAAGAAUCAAAGAGCCUCUACGUCAAGAAAACGAGCAAAACUUUCAAAGUUACCAAUUGCAAAUUAUGAGGAUGAAGAUACGUCUAAUGACGCUGAAAAGGAAGAUAACAAAAACUCAAUUACAGAAGGAACGGAAGAUCACAAUAUCAAAGAAAAAAUCAUUGACGUAAAAAAUCCAAAUGUUUCUUCCGAGAAUAAAGAAAGUGACAUAGGAGAAGAAAACGAAGACAGUGGUAAGGAAACAGAAAAUGAUCAAGUUAUCGAUGAAAGAUGUGAAAUAAAUUUAAAACGUUCUUUUUACCGUACUCAAAGUACCACAGAAGAAGAACGUACGGCCAAAGAAUUGGAAAGAGAACAGAAUAAUCUUGAAGAAGUUCCAACGGAUUCAAAAGAAGAGACUGAAGAAAAUAAAGAAAAUGUUGUUGGAGUGUCGAAAAAUACAUAUAAAAGUAAUGAACCAAGUAUAUCUUCAAAUAGUACCUUUAAUAAUGGAAGUAGCAAGCCAAAAACGAAAAUUGCAAAAAUGCCUUUAAAGAAGAGAGAAGACAAACGAUUGAUAAAAUUAAAGAAAAUUCGUCGGGUACAUAAAAAUGUAAGUCACUAAAAUAUCAGCACAAAUUUUGAGAGAGAUUAAUUUUAGAAUGGUUUUAACUUUUUAGAAUACAAUAUAUUAA